CUUUUGCGCGUGGCGUCGUAAGUGUCGGGAGAGAGAGAGCGUGCCGCGGGAAGGAGGACGGUCCGCAAAACAAAAACAGAAGAGCGCGAAAUUGCAAUUGGAGGAGAGGAAUCUGUUCGAGCUUGUGUUCUACACGUUGAUGUUGUACGGCCUCUACGUGUUCUUUCACAAUCUGAUGGGCAUGAAGCUGUGCUACAAUUACUUCCAUUACGCCGAAGGGCCUUGGAUGAAUCUGAGACUGUUCGUGUGGACGUUGGUAGGGUUGCUCGUGGUCCUGGUGGGAUGCUUCAUGGCCAGCAGAUCGUUCUCCACCGCUGAUUACUUGACCAUACAGCUACGGGCUACUCUCCUCGAGGGUAUGAAAAAGUACUUCACGGACGUCUCGUGGAAGCGUAGGAUAGACAGCAUUCAGGUGAGUAUGAAGUGUUGCGGGAUAGAUUCGUCCGACGAUUGGCACAAGACGUAUUGGCUUCAACGUGAAUUUCUUCUCGUCGACUCGCCCGAUAUCUUGAGGUACGCCAAGUUGGACGGUAGCGUGACGCCGCCUGUGGUGCCGUGGAGUUGCUGUCGAAUCGACGUGAAGGGCCCCUGCUUCCACGAUCCCCUUCAACUCCCGAAUCCGGAGCAGAAUUCCUCUUACGAGAGCCUCAACCCCCGGGGCUGUCUCGCCCCUAUGAGGAUUAUGCUAAACGGGACCCUCCACUCCGCCGCCGUGAUGAUCGCGUUUCUGUUCGUGUUGCAGGUGACGGCGGGCGUGUUGUCGAGGUUCGACUUCACAGCGGCGAGGAACGCGGUGGCGCUGGGCGAUCGGUGGUCAGGCUCGCCAGGUUGGCUGUUUGGCCGACUGGAUUUCGGCUUUGCCCGUGGACCUAAUCUCUGCCAGAUCGAUCGGAAAUACAGUGGACAAGGAGACUCGAUGAUCGAUCUUCGCCCGCUCGUAUAUUCCAGCGACUCGAAUUGAAACAAAAUCGUGGAAAUCCGGGAUGAGGAUCGAUGAGAAGGGAGAAAAAAUUCAUCCCUCCUUUAUGUACAAUCUUCGACAUCGAUCGAGCAAAGACCCGUCGUAAAGAUCCACGUAAGAAUGGUCGAAACGAUCCUCCCCUCUUUUUUCAGAAGCUUUUAUCGAAAUGAAAAACACGGUCCAAGAAGAAAGGAAGGAAGAGGGGAUUUAACGAACGCUCGAUUAAUCGAUUAUCGAUUACGAUACAUCGUCCCCUUCGGGAGGACAAACAAGCCUUCCUCCUCCUCCGCUGGAAAGAGGGAUGGGGGUGGAUAAGAUAAGAGGCCUCGUUCGUCCAAGCGGAGACGUCUGUCGCGCCCCAAGAUCGGACGAUAGCUUUCACCCUGAUUAUCCGAGGAAUCGGUUAAUCGUGUCGCGCAGCUAAAUCGCCCGUUUCCUCGCUUGUUGUCGAGGCAAGAGGAGGAAGAAAGGAGGGGGAAAAGGAACGAUGGACGAUGAUAAAGAAAAAAAGGAGGAGGAAAGAUUGGAUGCAGCUGGGAAGAACAGAUGUAUAAUUAUAAUACAAUCGGAGUGGAUUUUUUUUCAAAGAGAUACAAAUGUGAUGAUUCUUUCGAUGGGGGUUGCAAAGAUUAUCUCCUCUCCUCUUUCUGUCUAUGUGAAUUCAUUUCUGUAGUAACGAAAAUAGAGGAGAGGAAGUAUAAAAUUUUAAUAUAAUUUAUUUCUAAAUAAUAAUUGUAUGAAAAUUUGUAUUUGUUAAUUCAAUUGUUGUUAAUUUUGUUGUUUCGAAAAGAAGUUUAUAAGAGAAAAAGAGCGUAAAAAAGAUCCCUGUCUGUGAAUUCAUUCCUUUUGUACGAACGAGAUAUAAAGGAAAUGAAUUUGUAAAAAUUUAUCCAAUUGUUGAUUAUUUUUAAUUUUGUUGUUUAAAAUAUGUAUUUAUUAUUCGCAUUUUUUGAAAAAGAAACUUGAUUUUA